AUGGGUCUCAAGGACAAGAUCAAGGACGCCCUUCACGGCGACGACCGCGACGAAUACGCCGAUACGACAACCCACGGCCACACCGGCACGACUGGCGCCUACCCCAACGAUGACACCAAGCUUCACAAGACCGACCCCAGGACACACAACCACGGUCUCUCGUCGCACGACCCGAACUACAGACACCAGCCAACCGACUCGGGCGUCGGCUUGCAUGACCGCAGCCACAGGGACAACAUCAACACCAACACCAGCACCACGACCACGACCGCCACCGCCGCCGGCCAGAACGACCCCUACUGGGGCGCUGUCGGCCGCGACGACCCCAGCCGUGUCGGCCACAACAACAGCAGCAGCCUGAACCGCAAGGACCUUCCUCUGCGCCCUGGCGAGCAGCCCUCGGGUGCCUACGGCAGCACUGGCUACGGCAACACCUCCACCAAUGCCGGUCCUCAUGACAGCAACGUCGCUAACAAGGUCGACCCUCGCGUCGACUCGGACCGCGACAAUCGUGGCGCCUACGGUACCAGCGGCACCACCCACGGCACCACCGCCCACACCAACACCGGCUAUGGUGGCACAUCCGGCACCGGCUACGGCGACACCUCCAACAGGGGCUACGGCAACACAGCCACCACCGCCGGUCCCCACAAGAGCAACGUCGCCAACAAGCUCGACCCCCGCGUCGAUUCCGACCGCGACAACCGCACCAACUACGCCUCCAACCAGGCCUAUCCCAGCGGCGAAGCCGUCGGCGGCGGCACCUACAGCACCGCCCCUGGCAGCCACCAGGUGACAGGCCACCGCCUCGACGACAACGACGGCUUCGACAGCCGCACCCGCGACCGCGAUUUCGGCCGCGACUCCCGCGAUCGCGCCUCAGCCUCCGGCCCGGGCAUCGCGGGCGGUGUCGGCGCCGCCGGCGCAGGCAUGGCCGUUUCCGAGCUGGCGCGCCACCACCGCGACCGCGACUUUGACCAGACGGCCUCGGGCGACAACUACCAGCGCGGCGGCGGUGUGCCGCAGUCCAGCAUGCUCGACACGCACAGCAGCCCCGUCGGUGCCCAGGGCGGUCUCGGCGCCACGCGCGCUGGUCCCCAUGACAGCAACAUGGGCAACAAGCUCGACCCGCGCGUCGACUCGGACCUCGACGGCAGGCGAGCCAACCAGCUCGGCGGCGUCGGUGGUGGCCCUGGCGGGUUGCAGGGCGGCCAGUACGGCGCCGGCCACACCGGCUCUGGCCUCAGCGGCGCCGGCCUCAGCGGUGCUGGCCUCACUGGUGCGGGCGUUGGUGCUGGGUCUGGUAGUGUUGGCGCUGGGUCUGCGGGCCUGGGUGCGGACCACUACGGCCCUGCCCACGAAGGGGCCAAGGUGUUCCACAAGUGCCGUGGAUGCGGCAUGGACAAUGACAUUAGUCAGUACUUCCGCAAGGAUGCUGUGUACCGCAUGGGUUGA